UCCUGCACACAAAGCAGAAAAGCGCUGAAACUGCGGAGAUUUACUUUGUUUCAAUGCGUGCCGCCGACAGCGAGCGAGAGGAGGUGUGUGUUUGACAGCCAAAAGAACUACGAAACCUUCAACUUACAGAUUCUUCUGUGAUUACAGGUGUUGGUCCUGUGGUGGUUUCUUUUUUUUUGUUUGUUUGUUUUUCUAGUUGUUUUUGUGCGCUUUAGCUGAUGCUCAGAUGAAACCGAGACCCUCAGCGCGUCUGGCACGUUAGAGUAUCCACACACUUCGGGACGCACGGCGCAUCUCCUCAGAGAGACGGGGAGGGAGGUCAAUUUGGAGUUCUACACAUGGAUAUUAUAUGUCAAACUUUCUGAGAGUUAUGUUAGUCAUAAAUAAUAAUUCUGUUCAUCUUCUUCACCUACACUAAUGAUUGAUGUUGCUUUCCUCCUGCGCGCCCCGGAUGAGAAUCGAGCUUUUUUGGUGUGUUUGUUUGUUUUUUAAUUUUUGGAGGGAAUGUUCUUUAUCACAACACGGAUAACGGAUCCCUGACUCAGUCUGGCUGAAGAUCCUGUCCAGGAUGUUACAGUCUAAGCGGCCCAGGCAUCAUUGGGCCAACGUACACUACCAUCACCACAUAUCACCACAUAGCUGGGGGUCCUGCUGUGUCUAGGAAUUAUCUACCCUCCACACUCUGCCUCCGUCUGGGAGGAAAGAAAAACGGAAUCUUAUCCAAUAAAUGAUUUGGUGAACAUUGACAUUGGCUUUACGAGUCUCAUCUCUGGGCUACUAUGCAAUUACAAUUGAUCUCCUUUGUUUUGAUCAUCUUGCACUGCAUGGAUUACACUGGUUGUCAGCAGCACAGCAGCACCAGACACCGGCAACAUAAACAGAUCUCUGGUGUGAGCUCAGGGUGCCAGCAGGGUGGCUGUCUGACCUGCUCUGACUACAAUGGGUGCCUGUCCUGCAAGCCGCGCUUCUUCAUGCAUUUGGAGAGGAUUGGGAUGAAGCAGAUCGGGGUGUGCAUGACUUCCUGUCCUCCAGGCUUUUACGGCACACGUUCCCCAGAAAGAAACACCUGCACAAAGUGCAGGUCGGACUGCGACUCCUGCUUCAACAGGAACUUCUGCACACGCUGCCGAGCGGGAUUCUACCUUCACCAGGGCAAGUGCCAGGAGAAUUGCCCUGAGGGGCUGGCCCGCAGCGACACACAGAGGGAGUGUGUUCCCAUGUGCCCUGCAGAGUGUGAGUCGUGUGUGAACAGUGAGACAUGUGAGCGGUGCCGGCCAGGCCUGUACCAGCUCAACGGGAGGUGCCACCAUGUCUGUCCAGAGGACUACGAGCCCAAUGACAAACUCAUGGAGUGCACAGCACAAGUGCACUGCGAGGUGGGUGAAUGGAGCGAGUGGAGCCCCUGCUCUCGGUCCGGCAGAACCUGUGGGUUCAAGCGGGGCCAGGAGACCCGCACGCGGCAGGUCCUCCAGUACCCAUCACCCUUUGGCAACCCCUGCCCCGAGAUCUCAGAGAUCAAAGAGUGUCUGGUCAAGAGGAGGAAAUGUUCAGGACGGAGGAAGAGCGAUCGAAGAGAACGGAGGAAUCGCAACAACCGGAAAGAUAAGGAGAACCAAGAGGGGCGACGGGAGAGGAAGAGAGAGAGGGAGAGAGACACAGGUGAACGUGAAGACUCUGAUAACAGGAACAAAACGGAGCACAGGCAUCGCAGAGGCCACGACACAAACCCAGUCUCUACUGGAGAUGGCCUUGUACAGUAGUGCUCUGGACAGACAAAGUCUAGCACCUCCGCAUCCUCCUCCUCCUGUUAUCCUCCCAUUCUUCCUUCUCCAACACAUACCCACCCUCACCCACUGUUCACCCCCCUCGACCCCUCUCUGCAGGGGUGUUGCUGCUACCUGUAUGAUUUGAAUAUGUUUAUGCACAAGCGGGAUGGGGCACAUUCAGCCACAAGGCUUGGGCCACUAUGGACUUUAAAAAGUCUUUUUUUCUAACCUGUAGCCUCUACUCCUUCAAUUCCACCACUGAGAGAGUGUCUCUGUUGAAAAGUGCAGGAGACACUGCCGAGACUGCUGCUGGGACUGAAGAACAGAGUGAGAAAUGUCUGUGACUGUGUGGAGGACUGGCAGACAGACAGACGGACAGAGAGACAAAGACGUUAUACUAUGUGCUUGUUGAUAUGGUUAUUUAAUGGGGCCCUGGUACAACAUUGCGCGUCUUGGUUUUUGAAUGUAGAUUUUGCAACAUUAUGUAGAACAAUUGUUUAUUAUUGUUGUUCCUGUUGUUUAGAUCUCUUUACUUUAUUUUAUUUGGUGCAGAAUUUGUAAAGACAAAAAUAAAAGUGAGUUUGCUAUUGCCAUCUUGUGACAUCUUCAUGAUCACUGCAAGUGACGGAUGUAGGAGAGCCUGAGUAUGGUCAAAGACUGAAAACCAUUAACACGUGUUCUGUAUGUCUUGGACAAAAGCUAGUUUUAUCCAAAUAUGUGAUAAAUCUAAUCUACUAUUGGUUUUUCUUUUUGUGUAAAUGAAUCUGUGCUCUCAGUAAAGCUCCUUGACUAGGAUCCAAAAGCACCUGUAUGUCAAAUAAAACUAUAAUGGGUUUGUACCUGUGUCUGUUAUCUGUUCCUCAUCUGACUGCCAUCUUAUGCAAUCCACACGCCAUAAACCUUCUCAGACAGUGAUAUGCAGCUAUCAGCUGUCGAGACAAAGGUUGCCUUGCACUGAUUUGGGUGUAUUGAGCAAUAGUAAGGCGUGACAUAGUGGAAUACCUGAACAUCUUAGUGUCUUGAAAGUUAGAUAAUAUUCAAGUAUUUUAAGUAGCAUGGCAGCAAGGAAGAUCUAAAAAAAAAUUUCUACAACUAUUCUGAUAUACCUAUUAAAGUGCUCAACACAUAUUGUGAAUCAUCAAACAUGCAGUUUAAAGUAAUCAGACUACCUGCAGUCCUUAUUCUUUGAUUAGUUUGGUUUUCACAGGAACAAUAGGCUUUUUUCUAUAAACUUCAACCAUCAUUUAGCACAGCAAGAUUUAAUUUAAUUUGAAUCACUUCUCUAAUAUCAAGUUGUAUGCAUUUUAACUCAUAUCUACACUGUUUCAGUGUCUAUAAAGUUUGUUAAUGAACCAUAACCCUGAUUCAUUUCAUGAAUGUCAGCAUUUGGUUUGUUUCAGAUAUACACUGUGAAGACAAAUUAUUUUUGUAUCACAAGAGCAAGAAAUAAAGAAUCAUGUGUUUAAAGCUAAUCUGUUUAUUGGUGGAGUGAGUAUUUUUGCUCAUCAGUAACAUCUAUUUGCAUCGACAGGCAUGAUGACAGUAUUUCCCCCUCAUUCAUUCAGCAGAGAAAUUCCCACUAAUACAGACUGUACAUGAAAAUAUAAGAGACUCUUUUAAA